AUGGCCUCGGCGUUUCCGAGGAACCCUCGAACGCUAGUGGAGAGAGAGAUCGUAGAGACGGCCAAAGAAAAACGACUCAGAGAUACUUUCAAGUUGAUGAACUAUGCGUAUUACAGUUGGCAUUUUUCAUCCCAAGUACCUCCACCCGAACGGCUGUCAGAGUCUGAGUGCAGAGUCGCGUGGCAACGCGAUCUUCAAGAUGAGACCAUAGAGAAGGUCACACGCAAGGUCCUGAAUAGGAAGACGGGCAAGACUGAAGACCAAAAGUGCAUGUACAUUCCCGUGAUGGCAGAGGGAUUCAAAGACAUGGUUGCGUCAGAGAAACGCCAGUCGAGCAUAGUCACCACCAAGGGCGGGGCGGACAACAAAGCCCUUGAGCGCUCAAGGGCGCACGCACUGUCCUUCUUGUCAAUGUCGGGCGACGAUGACUUCUUUCAAACUUUGAGUAUGGACUUCUUGGGCAAGCUGACACUUGAUGCUGAUGGAACAGAAAUUACGACUGAGGCUGAAGCAGCACGCAG